AUCACAAGUCUACCGUUCAACCAUACCCAUCCCACCAUCAUGGGCUUAAUUCGCGGACUCUUCAAAACAGCCACCAUUGGUGGCACAGCGGCGGUCGGCACCUUCUUCUGGGCCACACGCAACGAUACCUUCGUCCCUCUCGCACCCUCUGACCCCAUCUUCCACUCGGCCAGCUUCAACAAAUACAACCCCUCAAAGAACCCGACUACGCACGAUCUCUACAUUCGCAAGGUCCCAUUGUCGCAGAUUAACCCGAGCUUACUGGAAAAGAAGGGGAAACUGGUGGAGGCGUUCUGUGCCGGCGUUUGGGGUGGUUGGGGAUAUGCCAUUCAACGUGCAUAUUUAGCUAGGAAAUACCAGGGUCCCGACACCGCGCACCAGCUCUGGACUCCCGACCAAUUGCUCUCCUCGACGUAUGAAGUUGGUACUCAAAUUACAGACCAUUUUGAGGUUGUUGAGAAGACUCCCGAGCGCAUUGUGGUGAGAUGCGGCGAUUCGCCCCGCAAACGCGAUGUUCGUGAAUCGGACGGUCUGUUUGAAAUGUCCGCCGUGGUUAAGCCGGAUGAAGGCGUUGCAGAGUUCGGUGUCAAGAGCUGCUUCUUCCAGGGUCUUGGGAAGGCCGAGUCUCAGCCCAUGCCGGAGCACAUUGCCUGGUUACAUUAUCAAUAUGCAAAGUUAUGGUUGGAGACGGCCAUCAGGAACGUUCUUAGGUGAGAUGGGUGUUAAUGGAUGUAUAUGGUGGUGAGAUACCUAAUACAGAUGAGUGGGCGUCUGAGAUCUUCCCCAACUCUCCCUGUACAUGCCCUAUCUAUUAAUUGACUGAUGGUUUGAUGCUACUUGUCCUUCCCGGAAGGACGUAUGGCUUUCCUGAGCUGCUCAACAGCCCAGUUUAUUCCGAUGUCGCCGUAUAUCACUUGUAGCUCACUCCAGGGAAAGGCAAGGGAGAAUUCUGAGGGCAAAAUUAUAGAAUUAAUGGACAAAGCCUGAAUUUUGAUUUUGUCGGACAUGACGUGUGCUAGUUGGGAUUCCCCUUUCAUGAAUACGGACCUCCCCUCUUUGUUAAUUCACUUGAUAUACUACUUUGCCUCUAGAGCUAAUAUAAAUAUCCCUUCC